CCCGGCUCGCCCGUACAGUGAGCGAUUGAUUUUCACGCGCAAAUGUGAAAUUGUGACUUGUGUGUGUGGUUGUGUUGUGCUUUUCGAAUUUGGAAUACUAUGAUAUCUUUGAACAUUCAGUCAUCGUUAUGAAUACGAUAUGCUGGAGGUUUAUAAGUGUGUAGCGAAGCAUUAAAGUGGGAUUAUGAACGGACACGUGAUCUAGCUAUGACGAUGGCUUUUCUGUUCGGCGCGCUGGGUGCGCUAGCCCUUGUCAGCCGUACGGGUUGCACAGACAAUACAAAUGGACUUAGCUCAGAUGGUGUCCAAGAGUUGGAGUACACAGACGUGGACCUUGGACUUACGCAAAGAGGACCACACUUCGAUAUAGCAUAUUCACGGAAUGUCACAGCUCUGGUCGGAAAAACAGCACAGUUGAACUGCAGAGUCCAUGAUCUUGGUAACAGAACGGUAUCAUGGAUCAGGCAUCGAGACAUACAUCUCUUGACCUCUGGAAGGAUGACCUACACUUCAGACCAGAGGUUCAUCAGUGUUCACAAUCCUCACACUGAAGACUGGAUACUAAAGAUAAGGUUUCCACAACGGCGUGACUCCGGUAUCUACGAGUGCCAAGUCGGCACCACCCCUCCCAUCGGUCACAGAAUGUACCUCUCUGUUGUCGAACCGCUUACAACGAUCUUGGGGGGUCCAGAGUUGUUCAUCAAUAUGGGCAGUACCAUCAACUUGACGUGUGUCGUCCAACAUUCGCCGGAACCGCCACCAGCGAUACGCUGGACCCACAAUGAUGAGGAAAUCAACUAUGACUCUCCCCGUGGUGGCGUGUCGGUGAUCACCGAAAAGGGGGAAAUGACUACAUCCCAUCUUCUGGUGCAGAAGGCGAGAACACCUGACUCCGGUCGGUAUACCUGUGCACCGGCCAAUGCUAACCCGAGAUCCGUUCUCGUUCAUGUAUUAAGUGGAGAGCAUCCGGCAGCGAUGCAGCAUGGAGGUCAACUACGCCUUCAAUACCCUCUGUCAGCAGCACUGCUCAGCGUCAUCGUCACCCUGAUGGGUUGCUAGUAUAAUUUGAGAAAUGGUUUUAUGCAAUAAUAUGCCAAGAAACAUAACAAAUAGAACGAGUUAUUUUGAAGCGUUAUUUAAAUAAAUAAAAUAUAUAAAUGGUUCAAAUAUACAGAGCUGACGAUGAUAUAAGAAAUGUAUAUAAUAAUGCAUUUAUUGACACAUUAUUGCAUAAUACGACUUCAUUUGUUUUUAUAUACGAUAGUAUACUUUGUGA